AUGCGCUGUGGAGAUGGUGCCCCCGUCAUUUUUGCAGAGGGUCUGCAGAGUGCUUCUCUUGCCCUCUUAUUAUACCCCGGCUUCUGCAUCCUCUGCGUUGUCAUUCUCAUCCGCCGCGUCAGACGCCAGUAUCGUGAGCGCCAGUCUCCCUUACCAUCUUCACAAGACUCGAACAAGCCGAGUCACGCAACGAGACCAAAGGUCAUGGACGAAGAAAAAGCCCUUCCAGUGGACGAGUCCAUAUUGACGGUACCGCCGCUGCCGUCUGCGUGUGACGUCUUGCAACCGCUCUCGCAUAUGACACCCUUGCCCAGCAGCGGGUAUAUUGCUUCUUUGAGAAAACAAGCGCCACUCGGAGAAGACGGCCAACUUCUCUCACACGAGGAGCAUACUUUCCCACCGCCUUACGACUUCUAUCGGUACCAUUCUUCUCCAGGGAAACAGUCAGAGCAAUCACCAUCCUCCCUGAGACCGGGCGAGUCCCAGCGCAAAGAGAUCCCCGAGCCGGUUGAAGGAGGAAUCGACACGCACCCUAGCACUCCUAAGCAUCAGCGUUUUGGAUCUUCUUCCGAGUCACACGGCCCUGGCUCUCCUAGCAGUCCCGGCUCUGCGGAUACCCAGUCUAUCCAGUCGGUGCAGAGGCUGAGUGAAACCUCCCAACUCAUGCAUGAUGUGGACUCGGUUGGAAUGAGGACGUGGAAACGACUGACGGUCGAGUACCGGUGA